GGAGAGUUGGUGGGUGAAAAAAGGCAGUGGGCGCGUGAGGCGUGAGUAUAAAUAGAAUAGAAUGGAAUGAAGCAGAAUGAGAAAAGGGCGGGCGGCACGUAGGUAGCUAAGCUAAGCUAAGAUGGAGGAAAAUGGUGAGAGCGCGGCAAUUUCAAGUUCUGAGAAGAAGGCGUCGCGGCGGCGGCGGCCUGGCGGAUGGAGAGCCAUGCCAUACGUUCUAGGGAACGAGACAUUUGAGAGACUGGCAUCGUCGGGGUUGAUGGCCAACUUCUCAGUGUUCUUGCUCACAGUAUAUCACAUGGACAUCGUCGCCGCCUCCAACAUGAUGAGCAUCUGGUCCGCUGUCACCAGCUUCAUCCCUCUCUUCGGGGCCUUCCUUUCGGACUCUUACCUCGGCCGAUUCUGGACCAUAGCUUUCUCCUCCGUCGCUGAAAUCUUCGGGAUGUCGACAUUGACCAUAAUAGCGCUAGUUCCAGGUCUGCGUCCACCGCAAUGCGACGUGGUCCAAUCAUCACACGAGUGCCAGGGGCCCACGAAAUCACAGCUGGGGUGUCUGUUCUUCGGGCUGGGUCUGCUGGCCAUCGGGUCCGGCGGGAUCCGGCCGUGCAGCAUCCCCUUCGGCGUGGACCAGUUCGAUGCGGCGACAGAGGAGGGGCGGAAAGGGAUCAGCAGCUUCUUCAACUGGUACUACACCUCCUUCACAGUGGUGCUCAUCUUCUCCCUCACCGUCAUCGUCUACAUCCAGGACUCGGUGAGUUGGGCGGUGGGUUUCGCCAUCCCCACCGCGCUCAUGGUCUUCGCCAUCGUCUUCUUCUUCGUCGGCACCCGCAUCUACGUCUACGUCAAGCCACAGGGCAGCAUCUUCUCCACCAUCGCUCAAGUUCUCGUUGCGGCCUUUCAUAAACGCAAACUUAAACUCCCCGAUCACGACGCUGCCGCCGCCUAUUACGACCCUCCGCUUCCUGUUAAGAGAAAGCUUCUCCUAACCAAAGACUACAGGAUUUUAAACAAAGCGGCAGUGAUAAGAGACGGAGACAUAAAGGAAGAUGGAACAGCGAGUAGUGGAUGGCGGAUAGUAAGCAUCCAUCAAACGGAAGAAGUGAAAUGCCUGGUAAGAAUCAUCCCUAUAUGGGCUGCCGGAAUCAUACCUUUGGUAGCCGUUGCGCAGCAGGGCACCUUCACCUUGUCGCAGGCUCUGAAAAUGGACCGCCACAUCGGCCCCAAGUUCCAGAUCCCCGCCGGCUCCCUCUUCGUCGUCUCCAUGAUCACCCUCGCGCUAUGGAUCCCGGUCUACGACCGCCUCAUCGUGCCCGAGGUCCGGAAGAGGACCGGGCUCGAGGGCGGGAUCACCAUGCUGCAGAGGAUCGGGACCGGGAUCGUCUUCUCCAUCGCCGGCAUGCUCCUGUCCGGAGCGAUGGAGCGGAAGAGAAGGGCGUCAGCGGUUGCGCACGGCGGCGUGGCGCCCCUCACAGUCAUGUGGCUCGCCCCCCAGCUCAUCCUCAUGGGCUUCGCCGAGGCUUUCAACAUCAUCGGCCAGAUCGAGUUCUUCAACAAGGAGUUCCCCGACGGCAUGAGCAGCGUGGCCAACUCGCUGUACUCGGUCACCGGCGCCGGAGCCGGUUACUUGAGCGUGCUCAUGGUGAGCGUUGUGCACAGAACCUCCGGUUGGCUGGCUAAAGACAUUAACGAGGGGAGGCUGGAGUACUACUACUUGGUGAUCGCAGCUUUGGGGGUUGUGAAUUUGGUGUAUUUUGUGUACGUUGCUCGAGGAUACCAUUACAAAAGCAGAGUUAGAGUAAUUACAGAGGAGGAGGAUGAUAUUGAGCUCCAUCAUCAACCCGACAACGACGCCGCCCGAAUCAAUUAAUUAUCAAUUAAAGGCCGCCGCCGCCAACAAUUGCGUGCUUACGAUUAUAUAUAGAGUUGCAUUGGUAGUAUACAAAGGGCCAGCCCGGCAUAUUUAGAUGAAUCAUGUUUAGGCUUACUUGCAUAUCGUAUGAACGAACAGUUAGAAAGAAAUAAACGUCUUUGUGCAUGUUUCUUAAGAAAAUUGCGCGCAUUUUUAUGUCUCUUGAAAUAUACUAUUCAAUUAAGUCA